AAAAAGAAACUUGUCCUUUACGUAAACAAAAGCAGCUAAACUAAACCGAUAUUCAUUUAUGAAUCUUAAAAUGUAUUGCGCUCAACGAAUUUAAAUUAUUUUAUUGUGCGAUUAAAACUAAAAGGACAACAGUAUAACCUAUAAGAAUGUUACGAAUACCGGUUCGAAGCAGAGUUGGACUUGAAAAGUCGCUGGUUCGGAUGAAGUCGUCGAGCAGCUUUAUACGAAGCACUUUUAUCGACUAUUUUGUCCAUAAUCAUGGUCAUAAGCAUAUAAAAUCAAGCUCAGUGGUGCCCCUGUGCGACCCAUCGGUGCCUUUCGUGAAUGCUGGCAUGAAUCAGUUUAAAGGUGUGUUCCUCGGUCGAGUGGAGCCACCAUGUCUCCGCGCCGUCAACUCUCAGAAGUGUGUCCGUGUUGGUGGCAAGCACAAUGACCUGGAAGUAGUUGGCUCUGACAGACACCAUCAUACCUUCUUUGAGAUGCUUGGAAACUGGUCCUUUGGGGACUAUCAUAAGAAAGAAGCAUGUAAAAUGGCAUGGGACCUGCUCCUCGGCCCGUACCGGUUCAAGCCAGAAGACCUAGUGGUGACAUACUUCGAGGGUGAUCCUAUCAUUGGCAUCAUGGAAGACAGGGAGUGCAGGGACAUUUGGAAAGCCCUAGGCGUGCAGCCCAGCAGACUCAAGGCCUUAGGGACAGCAGACAACUUCUGGGAGAUGGGCACCACUGGGCCCUGUGGACCUUGUACUGAGAUACACUACGUCAACCCGGAUGGCAGCCUUACGGAGAUAUGGAACAUUGUGUUCAUACAGUGCAACAGGGAAGCCGACGGUUCAGUGAAGCCGCUUCGCAAACACCACGUGGACACCGGCAUGGGUCUGGAGCGGACCACGGCCCUCAUACAAGGGGCCAAGUCGAAUUACGACACGGACUUAUUCCAGCCCCUCAUGAAUGCUAUUGAACAGAACAGCCCGGGCGGGCCGCGCUACACGGGCCAGUUCGGCGCCGCGCAGCUGGACAACGCGUUCCGCCGCCUCGCCGACCACGCGCGCAUGCUGGCGGUAUGCCUCGCGGACGGCGCCUUCCCGAAUACCAACCUAAACCUAAAGCAGGUAAUGCGCACAUCCCUUAAGAUCGCUACCGACAUAUUCGGUAACCAUCGUCUCGUACGCAUUCUGUACGACGAAGUUGCUUCCACACUUGGGCACGCCUACCCAGAGCUCCACUCAAGAGCUAAAGACGCCAAGCUGAUCAUAGAGCAUGAGGAGCAGGCUUACAAGAGGUUGCGGUCCGAGCUGGUCAAGAAGUGGCGAGAUCUGCUGUCGCAGCACCCGGAGGCCGAAGCGAUGAGCGACGUGGAGAUGGCUGGCUUCCCACGAGGCUAUAAGGAGUUUAAAGAGGUCAUGGCCAAGCAAAACUCAUCCGUAAUACCAGGGGAACUAGUGUUCAAACUGUACGACACGCACGGCUUCCAGGAAGACGUGAUCGAACGCAUCGCCAAACUAAACAACGUCACCAUCGACAAGCAGGGCUUCUGGAAACUUCUGCAGCAACACAAAACCAGGCACAAGACCGCCAUUCAAGAACAGACCGCCAGCAGAGCGCAAAUGUUCGACAAGGCCAUAGAAAAUCUUAGAAAAGAUAACAUUACGUCAACAGAAGACUCAUAUAAAUACAAAUACUCGAUAGUGGAGAAUAAAAUCCAAUUCGAACCUCUUAAAAGUAAAGUAGUAGCAAUUUUAAACGAAGAAGGCCAAUGGAUAGACUUUUUAGAGCCAAGCGAUAAUCAAGCUUAUUAUUUAAUCACUAAAGACACUAAUUUCUAUUGCGAAGAAGGCGGACAAAUCGCGGACAGCGGCGUUAUUCAUAUCAAUAAAAAAGUUUAUUUAAAAGUGGACAGUGUUUUUAAAAUCCGCGAUUUUGUGUUCCAUAAAGGCUGUUUCACAAUAACAGAUCCUAUAGACAAUGAUUUCGGUUGUGACAGUGAAGUGUUAUUAGAAAUCGAUAGUGAGAAACGUCUUAAUGUUAUGAGGAAUCAUACGGCAGUGCAUUUACUUAAUGCGGCUGUGAGGAGAGUGUUGCCGGAUAGUGUGGUGUGUCAGACUGGUUCUAGUGUUACUGAUAAGGGGUUGUCUUUAAAUUUGUCGGUUUAUGGACAACGGUUGACGCAGGAUGUGAUGAUGCGAGCGCAGGAUUUGAUUCGUGAAUCAAUCCGGGCGAACACACCAGUGGAAUCACAUGUAAUAGACAGUCUUCAAUUAAACGAGUCCAUUCUAACGGUUCCCGGAGAGAGCUACCCAGAAACCGGCUUGCGCGUCGUUGAAGCAAGCGAACCUCUGCCUUCUAAAGAGCUGUGUUGCGGUACCCACGUCCCGUCCACGUGCCAUAUCGGCGAGCUGUGUAUAACACUAGUAAAAGCAGCCGGGGGCACUUCGCCGAACAUCCAUGCCAUCACCGGUCCGAGAGCUACUGAGGCCCGCGAACUAUUCUGCAAAUCCCACCAACUUUUCAAAGUCAGCGACCUCCUCGACCCCGAACAGAGCAAGCAAGAAGUGACCGACAUCAAGCGGCGGCUGUCCGAGCUGUGUGCCGGCAGCGGGGCGCCGUACGCUGAAUAUAGCCAAUGCCUUGAGGUGCUGGAUAGAGUACAGAAAACUGUUGCUACCAAUGAUCUCGCUUUACAUUCUAUCGUCGAAGAAGAAAUUCGCGAUGCAACUGACGAAGCAACCCGCGACGGCCGACGCUACGUAGUCCACUUCCUACGAUGUUCGUACAUAAUGGCGCCCGGGGCGGCAACCACUGCAUUACGCAGUCAUCGAGCUGCCAGCUCACCCACGCUACUGCUGGGCUGCGCUCAGGGCAUCAUCACGGCCGUCUGCACAGUGCCCAAGGACAUGACGUCUCCCUCGUUCAACGCGACACAGUGGCUGAGCAGCAUCCUUCCAGUGUUCAACGCGGAGUUGGUGCCGACGCCCGACGCUGCAUCCAACGUCUACGCAGAGAUGACAGGCACCAAGGUGAGCCUAAUAACCUGCGAGCAGCUCGUGCAGGACGCGAUGCGCGCCGCCAUCAAGUUCGCCAACACGCACUCCACCGCCGGCGACUCCAGCUCCAAAGUGGCGUCCGCCAACUGAACCGAACGGUGGGUCUC